AUGGCUCACUGUAUGAUUCUGGACGCACAUCUGCUGCACAUGUAUUGGGCAGAAGCUGUGAACACGGCCACAUAUCUACAGAACCGAUUACCGACGAAACCCAUAUCAAAAACACCGUUUGAGCUCUGGACUGGAGAGAAGCCUGAUCUCAGUCACCUCAAAAUGUUCGGUUCGCGGGCAUACGUGUGGAUUCCAUCUAACAAGCGAUCGAAAAUGGAUGCAAAAUCGAAGAAGAUAUUGUUUGUGGGCUAUUCUUCGCACCACAAGGCCUAUCGUUUCAUCGAUCCUGAAACGUGGCCAAACGAAUUGAAGAUGUCGAUUAGGGAAGGACAUGCGUCCAAGUCCAGUUCGCCAGAGACCGUGAUGGUGAAGAAUCCGGAUUCAGGGCGAAUUCGAUGCUGGUGGCUGCGGUACGGUGUUGGUGGGCAGCCAUGCUCGCUCCAAACAAGCGGUGGUCAUAAAACGCCAACGAAUAAAAUGGCCAACGACGAGGUGGAGCAGUUCCUGCUCGCCACAGAGCGUCGGAUUUAUGCGCGGCUCCCGAAGGCCCGUGGAUCGCCCAGACUCAUCGACGCCGGUACGUAUCGCAAACGAGACGUGCUGGUUUUGAAGCGCCUGGGGCCAUCACAGCAGGAGUUAUUGGACUUGUGCGGAGGACGCUUCGGUCUGAAGACGGUUUCGCAGCUAGCGCUGCAACUGCUCGCCAGGCCGGAAACGUUCCACGACGAGCUGGGGUACGUUCACUGCGACCUGAAGCCGGACAAUGUCCUGCGCGGUCGCGGAACGAUCCGCAAGAAGCUGCACUUGAUCGAUUUCGGUUUUGCCGAGCCGCGAGAUGACAUUUUGUCACUCACCUACAUGCUGGUGUUUUUGCUCCGCGGUGGCCUACCGUGGUAUGGUACUGAGGAGCGAAUUGAUCCGGACGAGGCACUGCGUCUGAAGUUGAAAACUACGCCCAGCGAGCU